AUGUUUUUAUAUCAUGUGAAUAACAAGAUAAUUAUAUUAAUUCUGUUAUGUACAUUAUUUUAUCAUAUAAAUAUUGAAAACGUGAACUAUGAAAACUGCAAAGGAAUAAGUAGCAUAAAACAUGCUAAAUAUGGGAAGACAAGAAGAAUAAGGCGGUUGGAUGUGUUUUUUUGGAAAAGUAAAUACAAGAAAGAUGGAAAAGGUAUAAGACAUAUAAUACUACAUAUACUCACAGGAAACAAUACAAAAUUGUCAAAUUUUCUCUUUUUACACAGUAGAUUUAAAGCCUUUAGGUAUGAUGUUGCUUAUAAGAACAGAAAAAACAUUUCUCUUUUUAAAAAGAAAAAAGAUAAAGAUGGAACAACAAAUGUUAAGAAGAAAGAUAAGAAAGUAUUUACAGAAGAAGAAAUAGAAGAGCUUCGUCGAAAAGCCAAAGAAAAGUUGCAAUCCAAAAAAGGCGGUAAAGACACUAAAACAGGAAGAGGUAAUGCUAAGGCAAAAAAAGGAACAAAAAAGAAAAAAAGUUAUGAACAUUCUAAGGACGAUAAAAAAACAGAUGAAGAAGAAUUAAAAAAGUUGGAUGAAACAGAAAAAAGGGUAGAUGAAGAACAUGGAAUUACAAUGGACUAUAUAAAAAGCAAAGAAGAUUUUGACAAAAUAGUUGAUUUAACCAAAGAUUUAAUAAAUGAAAAGGAGGUGGAAUAUAUUCAUAAAAUAAGUGAUUGUGAUGAAGAGUUGUUAACAUAUGAUAAGAGAGAAAAACAUAUUCAUUUAAAUUAUGAAGAUACUAUAUUCGAUGAAGGUAAUUAUAUGCACAACUAUGUUAAUAACAUAAGCAAGUUUCGGUUUGAUAUUUAUAACCUGCAUAAUAAAAAUGAAUUUGAUAGGAUUACCAAGUAUUUAAACUAUCAGUACAUACAAGAAAUCCCUGUCGAGUUCCCCACAGAACGUGCCUACAACAUCGAAUUGAAAAAAUAUUUUUAUGAAGUUGUGUGCGAUUUGAUUGCGAAGAAUAAGCAUAAAUUUGAAAAUAGCGAUUACGUAGAUAAACAGGAAGAGAAACACGAAGAAAAAUAUGAGGAGAGAGAAGCAGAUAAUGUAGGGGUGGAAAAGACAUCCUAUUCUAUCCUAUCCGCGCAAAAAGGAGGAAUAAAUCAGAAUAUUGAGGAAGAAGUACAUAAUAAUACAUUAAAUAAUUUCUUAAAGGACAAUGAAAAGGAAGAAAAAAAAGCAUCAACAAUGGAUAAGAUUGAAAAUAUGACGAAUGUAAUCCAGCCAACUGACGAAGAUAUUAUGAACAAGUACAUGUCUUGCGAUUUGUAUGGUUUAUUAUGUGACAUUAAAGAAGAAUAUGAUUACAUGUUUGAAAAUGGUGGGUUAGAAAAAUUUUCAUUUGAUGAAAAUAGGAAAACACAUAAAGAAAAGUUAAUUUUUUCUGGAAAAAAAAAGAGAGCAGUAGCUACGGUUUUUUUACAAAAGGGAAAUAAUAAUUUAAUAAUAAAUAAUAGAGAUGGGUAUCAAUAUUUGCAAUAUCAAAUUUUGAACAUAAAUAAAAUAUUUAGUCCUUUAUUACAUUUAUGUAUGCAUAGGUAUUUCAAUGUGGUGGCAAAAGUUAUUGGAGGAGGCUUAUCAGGACAAAGUGUAGCUAUUUUUCACGCCCUAGUUAAAUACAUAGCUUACAAUUUAUCUCUAAAAAUAAAACCAUAUUUCCGUUCAUUCAAAUUUAUGACAGUUGAUAGUAGAAAAGUGGAAAGGAAAAAGUAUGGACUUAAAAAGGCUAGAAAGAAUAAGCAAUAUAGUAAGCGAUAA